UGCGCGCCUUUUGUUGUAGCUUGCCGUAAGUGAAGAAAUUCUGGAUUCUGGUGUAUCUUAUUCGUCUGGAAUGGAUUCUGCGGCACUAAAAACCUACCAUCGCGAGAUUGGUCAUCUCGUUUUAGAUGCGAAUGAGAAAGUAUCCGUGCGGAAGAUCAGUAACCUGUGGAAUAUCGACUCGCAGCAGGCAGUGGAGGUUCUGCAAAAAUGGAUCGAUGACCAAAAGGAGAGUGUUAAGUUAACGCAAGAGUUUCUGGUUCGCGGAAAGGACAAAAAUGGGAAUGUGUUUAUGACCCUAGCCAUCGAGAAGAGAGCUGCAAAGAUUAUCAGCAAGUAUGAGGGAUGCUCGAAGAUGCUGUACUCGGUGGAAGCGACCUCCGACGUGAGACCAUUGAACGUUUCAUCGGAUCGUGAUUUCGCAGUCAUCAAACUGCGCCUGGAAACAGAGAAACGGGAGUUAGCGAAACGGUCGUUGCCAGUGGCGCAACCAGCAGUUGCUGCGGUGAAGCAGGAACAGAAACCUUCCAAAAUGAAUGGGCUGUUCGGUGCGAUGGCUAGCAAGCAGGCGAAAACCCCUGCAGUAGCGAAGGAAGAAAAGCCUUCGUCACCUCCACCGGCGCCAGUAGUGCCUACGGUAAAACAGGAACCCCAAACCCCCACUACUAAAGCAUCCCCAAAGAAGGCAUCUCCGAAAAAGGAUACAAAGAAGCAGACCAAUGGGAAGGGUUCUAUUUCCUCAUUUUUCUCUUCAAAACCGGGUCAAACGGCUGUUCCGAAACCGGUCGUAAAGGCCGAACCGGAAUCACCAAGCAACGCACAGUCAACUAAGAAGGCAUCGGAAGAACGGAAGAAACCAGAGAAAUCCCGCAAAAGGACGAUCGAUGAAGAUGAGAAGGACGAGGUGGCCAUCAAAAAGGAACGUGAGGAUGAGGGAGAAGAGGAAGAGAUUCCAAACACACCGCAGGAGGAGAAGCGCGAAGCAAAGAAGAGGCGCACCGGCAAACCAUCGCUGCAGCGCAAAACAGCGGCGAAUCCGUCCAAGAAAUCACGAAUCUACGCAAUUUGUGAUUCUUCUAGUGAGGAUGAUACAGAAGCAACGGAAGAACGCCGUGAGGAGGAACGUUUGGUCAAGUUUGAGCAGGACCCGGAACCUGAGGCCGAGCCUGAGCCCAUGGAGGCCAGCAACAUUUCACCCGAGAAGCCCGUCGAAAACGAUUCCAACAGUGUCAACCGGAACCACCGUGGAAAGGUGAAAAAGCUGGUCACGAGAACGUUUAUGAGCGCGGAUGGAUUCAUGGAAACCGUCAAGGAGUACGAAAUGGUGUCGGAAGAUGAAUCUCAGGGGGCGACGAACGGCGAACAGUCGCUGCCCGUGGACACCAAGCUCAGCGCUCCCAGCGUGAAACAAGUUCCAGCUGAGCCCAUGGACAAGAAGAAGAGCACACCACCGACACCGAGAACGAAGCAAGGAUCCAUAAUGAGCUUUUUCGCUAAAAAAUGAACUCCACGUAUUCCUAGCCUUUAGUUCCAUUUACGUUUAGCAACAAUGUUGAAACAUUUCAAAGAAAACCACAAAUACAGCGCAUAAAAGUGUCG